AUGGGUAAGGAUAUGGUUAUAGUUAACGAUGAGAAUCAGUAUAAGAUCGGAGGUGGUAAAGGUGAGAAGAAGAAAGAAGAGAGAAGUUAUUUAGGUGAUAUAUCGAGACAAUAUGGUAUAAAAUCUGAAAAUACAACCACAACAAUUAGUACUAGUAUUAGACCCAAAAUUAUAGACAAAAAGAAAGAAUUAUUAAUACCUUCAAGAAUGCCAACUAAAAGGCAAGCUACUGAGUCAUCUACCAACUUGGUUGAAAAAUUAUAUAUCAAUGAUAAUUUAAAAAAGACAAAAAUUAUUGAUUAUGAAUGGGAUGACUUAGAUGCUGAAGAUUAUGAUGAUCCUUUAAUGGUAAGUGAAUAUGUUAAUGUUAUUUACCCUUAUUUAUAUGAGUUAGAGAUAAAAACUUUACCUGAUUCCCAAUACAUUUUUAAACAAAAACACUUAAAACCAAAGAUGAGAAGUAUUUUAGUCGAUUGGUUAGUGGAAAUGCAUUUAAGAUUUAGAUUAUUACCCGAAACAUUGUUUCUAGCUAUUAAUAUCAUGGAUAGGUUCAUGUCAUUGGAAAUUGUUCAAAUAGAUAAAUUACAAUUAUUAGCAACUGGAUCAUUAUUUAUUGCAGCAAAAUAUGAAGAAGUUUUCAGUCCUUCAGUUAAAAAUUAUAGUUAUUUCACUGAUGGUUCAUAUAGUGAAGAAGAAAUCUUACAAGCAGAAAAAUAUAUCUUAACUAUACUAAAUUUUGAAUUAAAUUAUCCAAAUCCAAUGAACUUUUUAAGAAGAAUAAGUAAAGCUGAUAAUUAUGAUAUUCAAACUAGAACUUUAGGAAAAUAUUUAUUGGAAAUCACUAUAAUAGAUUAUAAAUUCAUUGGUUUAAAACCUUCAUUAUGUUCAGCUUCUGCUAUGUAUAUUGCUAGAUUAAUUAUGAAUAAAUCUCCAAUUUGGAAUGGUAAUUUAAUUCACUAUAGUGGAGGUUAUAAAACUGAUGAUUUAAAAGAUUGUAUUAAUCUUAUAAUUCAAUAUUUAAUCCAACCCAUUGAACAUGAUGAAUUUUUCAAGAAGUAUUCUACAAAAAAAUUUAUGAAAGCCAGUAUUUUAUGUAGAAGUUGGGCUAAGAAGAUAAUCGCUGAAAAGAGGGAUAUUUUCCAAUAA